AUGGUUGGACCAUCUUCAAUAGUACCAUCAAAAAUUUUAGUUAAUUACUUAAAUCAAUUUCUAAUAAUUUCUGAAUCAAUUGAAGAACCAAUUUUUACUUCAAAUUUUCAAGUUUUUUGUACAGUUUGUAAUACUCUAACUAAAUCAAAUCCAAUAAUAUUUGAAUUUUCAGUAAAUCGAUCAAAUGAUAUACAAAGUUGUGUUGAAAAUAAUAAUAUUGGAAGACUAUCUUUAAAUAAUAUUCCAUCACAUUUAUUAAUCUCUAUUGAUAGAGUAAAAAAUGGUGAAAUUUCAUUCCAAUCAUUCAAUUUAAUUGAAAAAAUAAGUAUUGGUGAUUUUAGUUUUAUUGGUAAUCCAAUUCCAUUAAAUAAUCAAUUACAUUCAAUCAUUAUGUCAAAUGGUGAAAAAAGUUCAAUUCAUAUUAAUCAAAUUGAAAAUAAAGCAAUUAGAUAUAUAAAUAAUUUUAAUAAUUUAUCCAAACAACAAAUUAUUGAUAGUGGUCUCAAUAACUAUUUGGUUACUUGGGUAAAUAAAUUACCAAUUGGUGAAAAUCAACUUUUUGAAAUUUCCAAGAAUUUAGAGACAAAUAACAUAAAUAAUUUCAAAAAUGCUUUUUCAAUUUCAGAUUGGGACUCUAUCAUCAGUACAAAUGGUCCCAAGAAUAUAUUUUUAGAAUACCUUAGAUAA